UUCCCCCUCCGGGGCCUUUUUUGGCCCGGGGACGGGAGGGGCGGCGAUGGAGAACGCGCACGCCCGCACGGCCGAGGAAUGUUUGGCGUUUUUUGGGGUGAGCGAGGGCGUGGGGCUCAGCCCCGAGCAGGUGCGCAGGAGCCUCGAGAAAUACGGGCCCAAUGAGCUGCCGGCGGAGGAAGGGAAAUCCAUCUGGGAGUUGGUGGUGGAGCAGUUCGAGGAUCUCCUGGUGCGGAUCCUGCUGCUGGCGGCCUGCAUCUCCUUCGUGCUGGCCUGGUUCGAGGAGGGCGAGGAGACCAUCACAGCCUUCGUGGAGCCGUUCGUCAUCCUCCUCAUCCUCAUCGCCAACGCCGUGGUGGGCGUGUGGCAGGAGCGGAACGCGGAGAACGCCAUCGAGGCGCUCAAGGAGUACGAGCCCGAGAUGGGGAAGGUUUAUCGCAGCGACCGCAAGGCCGUGCAGAGGAUCAAGGCGCGGGACCUGGUGCCGGGGGACAUCGCCGAGGUGGCAGUUGGUGACAAGGUCCCGGCCGACAUCCGGAUCAUCUCCAUCAAAUCCACCACGCUGAGGGUGGACCAGUCCAUCCUUACUGGUGAGUCGGUGUCGGUGAUCAAGCACACGGACCCGGUGCCCGACCCCCGCGCCGUCAACCAGGACAAGAAGAACAUGCUGUUCUCGGGCACCAACAUCGGCGCCGGCAAAGCCGUCGGCAUCGUGGUGGCCACGGGCGUCAACACCGAGAUCGGCAAGAUCCGCGACGAGAUGGCGGCCACGGAGCAGGACAAGACGCCGCUGCAGCAGAAGCUGGACGAGUUCGGCGAGCAGCUCUCCAAGGUCAUCUCGCUCAUCUGCGUGGCCGUCUGGGCCAUCAACAUCGGCCACUUCAACGACCCCGUGCACGGCGGCUCCUGGAUCCGCGGCGCCAUCUACUACUUCAAGAUCGCCGUGGCGCUGGCCGUGGCCGCCAUCCCCGAAGGGCUGCCGGCCGUCAUCACCACGUGCCUGGCGCUGGGCACUCGCCGCAUGGCCAAGAAGAACGCGAUCGUCCGGAGCCUGCCGUCCGUGGAGACGCUGGGCUGCACCUCGGUCAUCUGCUCGGACAAGACCGGCACGCUGACCACCAACCAGAUGUCCGUCUGCAAG